AUGCCCGAUGUUGACGCCUCGCCGAUCACCACCUUGAACAAUCACGACUCCCUAAACGGCUCUCAUGAUCCAAAUUUCAUCCGUCGACGUUCGGGUUCCAACGCUACCAAGUCAACCAAUCCCUCUCGAACCAACUCGAUCGUCGAAGCACCUCGAGACUUUAAUCCUCGGCGCGAUACACUCCUGUCUGUAGGCUCCUCCAAAAACAAGAAGAGCAGCAAAUCAAAGCGGAGUCGAUCAAAGUCGACCGCUUCCGCAGUCUCGGCGCACAGUGGCUCCAUCGCCGCUGCUCUGGCAAGAAGCGGACUGGCAGUUGCCGGUGCAACUGCUGACAUUGAUCUUGCUACGAAUUCGUCUCGUCCUUCGUCUGCUCGCGUCCCGUCCUCAAAUCGUAGUCCCUUCUUGGUCAGGGGGAAUGGUGAUUCGGCAUUGGGAGAUGAGGAUCUAUCAGAUUACGACUUCGACUCGGACGCAAGCGAUUUCAAUGACAGUCUGCCCGUCACUGGCUUCGCCGUCGCCAGCAACAGACGGCAAGCUGAGUUCCAUGCCUUGUUUCCCAACGUCGAUGAGGGAGAUUAUCUCAUAGAAGACUAUGGAUGCGCCUUGUCGAAAGACAUUCUAGUCCAUGGCCGCAUUUACGUCUCGGAAAAUCAUCUAUGCUUUCAUGCUAACAUCUUUGGAUGGGUCACAAAUGUCGUCGUCCCAUUUGCCGAUAUCCGUCGGAUCGAGAAGAAAAUGACUGCCCUGGUCAUCCCAAAUGCUAUCUGUGUGACCACUAACAACGCAAAGUACACCUUUGCGUCUUUCAUCUCGCGCGACCCGACUUACGAUGUCAUGAUGAACAUAUGGAGACUAUGUAACCCGAACGCAGUGAUGUCGGCUACUUCUUUCCAGGCGGAAAAUUCACCUGGACCUUCAUUGGAAGUCAAGGAAGAGGGUGUGAACCCGCUCAAUCUUGAACAGACGGCGGCCGAUCAUCCCGCGACAAAGUGUGAUUGUGCGUCACAUUACCCUGAGACUGCCAUGGAUGCCAGCUUCCCGACCACACCUGAGAAGACGUACAAUCUCAUGUUCAAUUCGGGUUGGCUCAAGGAAUUCAUGAGGGAUAAUCAGAAACUCAAGGACAUUGAAUCGUCCGAUUGGCAACCGAAAGAGGAAAAUCAACAUCUGAUCAAGACGACCUCGUAUAUAAAACCGUUGAACGGCUCGAUCGGACCGAAACAGACUCAGUGUCACAUCACAGACGAGUUGGAGAAGUGUGACUUUGACAUGUCCAUUUCGGUCUUGACGACGACCAGGACGCCUGAUGUGCCAAGUGGAGGUGUUUUCAGCGUCAAAACGAGGACGUGUUUGACUUGGAGUCCGAAAAACACCACCCGUGUCCUCGUGACGAGUGCCGUAGAAUGGACUGGCAAAUCAUGGGUCAAAGGGAUCAUUGAAAAGUCAUGUAUGGAAGGUCAGAGGCAAUAUCACAAGGAUCUCGAGAAUGGUAUGCGAGCACACAUCAAGCAACAUGCCACCGAAUUUCUCGGCAAAGAGCAACAGGCCGAAGACCUCGAUACGGCUUCCUCUCCUGAGGACGUGACAGACAGUCCGACAGCCGCUGAGGCUUAUGCCGCCAAGCAGAGACAACGAAGGGAUCUCGACAGUUGGUCCAUGCAAGGAGGAAUUGACAGUAUCAUGUCUGGUGUCAAGUCUAUUUUUUCUGGUAUUGGGGACAUCUGCUCUACCUUGUCCGACUAUCUUCAAGACUUGCCCUUUACGAAAAGCACACUCCUGGUCGGCAUCAUUUUUAUCUUGCUGUUCAGCAAUGUCUACACCUAUGUGGCCUAUCGUCCGUCGAGAAAGAAUGCGCGGCGCGCUCAGAGAAUUGUCAGUCGGUACGGAGACGAAGACAUGACCGAAGCGCUCAAAGUCUUGUUAUCUCCACGGGGACGACAAGAAGCGAUGGAUCAAGCGAGACAGUUGGGAGAGAUUCUGGACGAAGUGGAACGACGAGCAUCAGAUUUGCGACAGGUCAUUGUAACUCAUACAGAGGGUAUGCUGGGAGUGAUAUAA